AUGAAUAUUGCAAUAACGGGAGCGGCAGGAUUUUUGGGGGAUCGCUUGGCGAGUGCUCUAUUGCGAGAGGAUUCGCCGUUGCCCGUGGCGAGCCUUCUGCUGGUGGACGUGCGUGAGCCGCGCGCGCGCUCCGACCCGCGCGUCGCCACGCUCGCCCUCGACCUGACGGCGCCCGCGGCGGCGGAGCGGCUCGUCACCCCCGAGCGGCACGCGCUGUUCCACCUGGCGGCCGUCGUGAGCGGCCACGCCGAGGCCGACUUCGACCUCGGGCUGGCCGUGAACCUGGACGCGACGCGCGCGCUGCUCGAGGCGGCGCGGCGGCGCGCGCCCGCCAUGCGGCUCGUGUUCGCCAGCACGGUGGCCGUGUUCGGCGGGGAGCUGCCGCCGGUGGUGGGCGACUGCACGGCGACGACGCCGCAGAGCUCGUACGGCGCGGCCAAGGCGGCGAGCGAGCUGCUGCUGAGCGAGUACUCGCGGCGCGGCUUCGUGGACGGGCGCGCGGUGCGGCUGCCCACGGUGACGGUGCGCGGCGCCGAGCCCAACCGCGCCGUCACGGGCUUCGCGAGCGGCGUCGUGCGCGAGCCGCUGCGGGGCCGGCGCGCCGUGUGCCCGGUGCCGGCCGCGCAGCGCCUGUGGGUGUGCAGCCCGCGGGCGGCCGUGCGCGGGCUGGUGCGCGCGGCCGAGUUGCCGGCCGCCGCGCUGGGCGGGCGGCGCGCGCUCACCCUGCCGGGCCUGGACGUGUCGGCGGGCGAGAUGGUGGCCGCGCUGCGCCUCGUGGCCGGCGCCGAGGUGGCGGCGCGCGUGCUCUUCGAGCCCGACGCGGCGGCGGCGCGCAUGGUGGCCGGCUUCCCGCACCGCUUCGACACGGCGCGCGCUCUCCGCCUGGGCUUCGUCGCCGACCGAGACUUCGCCGAGAUCAUUCGAAUAUUCAUCGAAGAGGAAUCCAUGACUACCGCCGAC